ACAAAUUUCGAUAAUUGACAACAACAAAAAAAUGUGGCUAAACUAGCAUUUUCUCCCUUGGCUCUUUUCAUUGCAAUCUUCUUGCACAAUAAUUUAUUGCAACUGGCAGAAAAAUUCUCUCUUUUUCUCUGCCUGUCUAACAACUCCCAAAACAAAAAAUCCAGCAAAAAUGUUAACUUAUUUCACAAAUUCAGUUCCCAACACUUCACUCAGAAUCCCCCACUUUCUCUCUCCUCAAGCUCCCACCUCCAAUCCCAGGGCAAAAAUGAUGUCUUCUUCUUUACCAGAGAAUCGCAUUGUUCUGGGUUGUGGAGGUGUAGUUGUGGACUUGUUAGCUGCUGUUGCAAGCUAUCCUAAGCCAGAUGACAAGAUUAGAAGCACCAGUUUUCAGGUUCAAGGAGGUGGUAAUGCUGGAAAUGCCUUGACAUGUGCUGCUCGGCUGGGAUUACAUACAAGGCUAAUAUCCAAGGUUGCUGAUGAUGCUCAAGGUAGAGGAAUACUUGAAGAGCUUGAAGCUGAUGGUGUUGAUACUUCUUUCUUUGUUGUCUCCCCAGAGGGUAAUUCACCAUUUACCUAUAUCAUUGUCGACAAUGAAACGAAGACUCGCACGUGCAUUCAUACUCCUGGGUACCCCCCAUUGGUACCAGAAGAACUCUCCCGGUCAAAAUUAGAAUCUGCUAUAGAUGGAGCAGGGCUUGUAUAUUUUGAUGUUAGGCUGCAUGAAACUGCUUUAGUAGUUGCAAAAGAGGCAACUAGUAGAAAUAUUCCUAUUCUAGUAGAUGCAGAAAAGAAAAGAGAUGGGCUGGACGAGCUUUUGAGUUUUGCCACUUAUGUGGUGUGCACUGCGAAAUUUCCACAGGUAUGGACAGAAGCUUCUUCUGUACCAACAGCCCUUCUUUCCAUGCUGUUGAAAUUACCUAAAGUUAAGUUUGUGAUUGUGACUCUUGGUGAAGAUGGAUGUAUCAUGCUUGAAAGAAGUCACAACAAAGCUUCAAAUUCAGAGGAAAUGUGUAUUGACGAAGUUUUUGAAUCUCUGAAGCAAAAGGCACCCAAUGACGAUUCCAAGCCAACAUGUGUUUCAUCGUCUGUGGUCACAUUGAAAGCAGAUGGGAUUGGGACACUAUGUGGGAGGCUACACGUGGGGACAGCUGAAAAGAUUCCACCCUCCGAACUCGUUGAUACAACGGGCGCUGGAGAUGCAUUUAUUGGAGCAGUUCUUUAUGCUUCAUGUGUGAAGUUGCCUCCAGAGAGGAUGUUGCCGUUUGCUUCGCAAGUGGCUGCCUGUAGCUGUAGAGCAUUGGGAGCUCGGUCAGGUCUUCCCCGUCACUCAGAUACUCGUCUUGCACCAUUUUUACACGAGGGUUCAGAAAUUGCUGGUCUGGUGCCAUGAAUGUAUAUACCUUAUUACCUUACAAGAAAAUGUGCAUUUCCACCCUGUAUUAUUUUGUAACUUGCCCCAACUUGGCAUUUCCACCCUGUAUAACUAUGUUGUAACUUGCCCCAAAUUGGCAUUUCUAAUUACUGACUUCUAUUAAUGCAUCGGCUGAUUUUGUAUGGUGAUCAUC